AUGAGCCAGCGGCCAGGCGAAAAGGUCGUCCACCAGGACUACAUUGCGCGCAUCAGAUACUCCAAUGCUCUACCGCCUCCGCCGAACCCACCGAAGCUCCUCGAUAUCCCAGGCACAGGUCUUGCAGGCGGGCAGUAUACGAGCGCAGGAUAUGCAUCGCGCUUGGCGAGGGAUCAGCCUCUCAACAUCGAGGCAGAUGCGGAGCUGGGCAUGCCCAUAGAUCUGAUUGGCAUUCCCGGCAUAUUUGAUGGCGAUGAGCGAGCAAUCAUGGCGCGGUCUGGACCUCAGACGCUGCAUCCGACCGACAAGAAACUCCUGACACCACUCAACUCGCUAGGCAAGCCAAAUGCAGCAUUGGGUCAGGUAUCGUUCCUCCGAAGAACAGAAUACACAUCAUCGCAGCAGACGCAGCACUUCUCCUCAUCGACCUCGAAAGACUUGUUGCGCAUGCGUAAUGACAAGAGACGGAAACCAAGUCUGAACAAAGAGGAUCCGAUCAACAUCAUGCGACAUAUCGUGAAGGGAUUUGACAUCGCAUACCCUAGAGACGCAUACAAAGGCGAAGACAACGUGAGCAAUCUGCGAGGAGCGCAGGUCACGGACGCAGAGCUGAAGGCAUGGUCAAACCCAAAACACCCUACCAAUCCUGACCUCAAACUGCUCGAUUCGUACCCGGUGCUUCCGGACCUCGACGCGAUACCGUCGCUGGGCUUCUACAUGGUCAUGAAGUUCCAGUCGAACCCAGUUCCAGCGGGAAAUACAUACGAUGAACGGAUAGAUACUGCGAUCGUGCGGCCUGUGCCUGACGAGCAAGCUGGGGAAGAAUUUCAAGAACGACUGCGCGAGUGGCAGGAAUCUGGCUCGACGAAACCUGAGCCUAUUCGCGAAUACGACUACGAUUACUACCUGCCAGAAGAUCCGGCUGCGGUGCAUGGACUCAAGCGAAAACUGAAUGUGAAUGAUCCUGAGAAUGAUGACCCAGCGCUCUACACCGAUGACAAUGGCGAAGGCCAGCCCGCUUUUAGGUUCAAGCGAUUGCGCACAUACGAGACUUACAAUCAACAUGGUGAUUCGAGGAAUAUGUACAACGACUCUGUGGCAUUGGCAUUGCACGACCCGGAGACAGAGGUGGGUGUGACUCCCGGUGCUGCGAAGAGACUGCAGAAAGGCGCGUACUUCUACCCAAUCAUCCAGAGAACAGCAGUCAGGCCGAAGCGACCUGUCAUGGCAGCACAGAUGGAGAAACGAGCAGAGUGUGACCCAGCGUUACGGACGGCGGAAGUUGCAGGAUGA